UCGGCCCGCAGGAUGGACGGCGGGUCCGGGGGCCUGGGCUCGGGGGACAACGCCCCGACCACCGAGGCCCUCUUCGUGGCGCUGGGCGCGGGCGUGACGGCGCUCAGCCACCCGCUGCUCUACGUGAAGCUGCUCAUCCAGGUGGGUCAUGAGCCGAUGCCCCCCACCCUUGGGACCAAUGUACUGGGGAGGAAGGUCCUCUAUCUGCCAAGCUUCUUCACCUACGCCAAGUACAUUGUGCAGGUGGAUGGGAAGAUAGGGCUCUUCCGGGGCCUGAGCCCCCGCCUGAUGUCCAACGCCCUCUCCACUGUCACCCGGGGCAGCAUGAAGAAGGUGUUCCCUCCCGAUGAGAUUGAGCAGGUGUCCAACAAGGAUGACAUGAAGACUUCGCUGAAGAAAGUUGUGAAGGAGACGUCCUACGAGAUGAUGAUGCAGUGUGUGUCCCGCAUGCUGGCGCACCCACUGCAUGUCAUCUCAAUGCGCUGCAUGGUCCAGUUUGUGGGACGGGAGGCCAAGUACAGGUGGGUAAUUCUUGGGACUGGCCAAGGACAUGCUGCGAUCUGACUUCUGUGGCAGCUCAUUCCGCACCUCUGAGGACCAUCUGUGUUCCUGGGGUGCCCAGUCAUGUUGCCUUUGUCUCCACAGUUCAGCCAGGCCCUGGCCAUCCGGAGCUACACCAAGUUCGUGAUGGGGAUCGCAGUGAGCAUGCUGACCUACCCCUUCCUGCUCGUUGGAGACCUCAUGGCUGUGAACAACUGCGGGCUGCAGGCUGGCCUUCCCCCAUACUCUCCGGUGUUCAAAUCCUGGAUUCACUGCUGGAAGUACCUGAGCACACAGGGUCAGCUCUUCCGGGGCUCCAGCCUGCUUUUCCGCCGGGUGUCAUCAGGAUCGUGCUUCGCCCUGGAGUAACCUGAAUCAAAUCGCCUGACCAGACUCCCAGUCUCAGCGGGCUCUGGGGAAGGUCCACUCAUCUCGGGCACCUGCGAGACACUCCAACCCAGCAACACCUUCAUGUGCUCCAGCCCGGCUGGGCUUCAGUUUCCAUAUUGCCAUGUGUCUGUCCAGGUGUGGGGCUGGCGGGGGGGGCGGGUGGGGGAGUUGCGUGCAGUGGAGGGGUCACCAGUUAGCCCUGGGAAGGUAGAGAGGGACUGGUUUAUAUUUGCAGCGCUGGGAUAGACUGGUAGCAGAACCCAGGGCCUUGCACAUGCCAGGAAAGUGCUCUGCCAUUGACUCCUCUAGCCUUAGGGGUGAAGAAUUGGGGUGCACUCUCUUCCCAGGUUUGCUGAGUCUCUCAUGUAAGGGCUCAGGGGUGAGGAAUAGCAGUUGGGGUCAGGUCUCACCCCACCCCCCCAGGCUGCCCAGCCCUCAUCUGUGGCUUGGCUGGGAGCCCCUCCUCCUGCUUUGUAAAUAGGGCUCGCUCCCCCGUCAGAGGCCGCCAUCCCGUCUAGAAAGCCCACUCCGGGUUCUGCCUGGUUUUCGCAACACUACUUCCUGACACGGGGGCACUACCUCCCAAUGGAAAUCAUGUGACUCCUCUGAAUGUGACCCCCUUCCGCCCGUCUGUUUAAUGGUGACGCCGCACACGCAGGGUCUGGUUUCCUGAGCACUUGUGAAUCGCAGAAGGUAGGCAGAUCGGUGUCUCUAACUCCUGCCCCUUCUAAAGCCCAUGGUAAGAUUUGACCCCCAUCUCCCCCGAAUAAAUGUACUGGUGGUGAUUUGGA